CAUUGUUUGAUAUUUUGCCCUCUCCAUUCUCAAAAUUCUUAAUUUUAAACACACAAAAUGGAGACUGGUGUUACAUGUUGUGCAAGAGUAACAUCUCUUCUCCCAAAUGUUUCAUCUCAACAAUACUCAACUUCAAUUGCAACUUCAAGAUCCAUUUCCCCUUCAUUCAACUCAAGGAGUUUGAAAUCAAGCUCAUUAUUUGGGGAAUCAUUGCGCGUUGCGCCUAAAUCAUCACUAAAGGUGUCUAGGACAAAAAAUUCUUCUUUGGUGACAAAAUGUGAGAUUGGUGAUAGCUUGGAAGAAUUUCUUUCAAAAUCAACCUCAGAUAAGGGGUUAAUCAGGUUAAUGAUGUGUAUGGGAGAAGCAUUGAGAACAAUUGCCUUCAAAGUCAGAACAGCUUCUUGUGGAGGAACAGCUUGUGUCAAUUCUUUUGGUGAUGAACAGCUUGCUGUCGAUAUGCUUGCCGAUAAGCUUCUCUUUGAGGCCUUGACAUAUUCACACUUUUGCAAAUAUGCUUGUUCUGAGGAAGUUCCUGAGCUCCAAGACAUGGGGGGCCCUGCUGAAGGAGGAUUUAGUGUUGCUUUUGAUCCACUUGAUGGUUCUAGUAUUGUGGACACGAACUUUACAGUUGGAACCAUCUUUGGUGUAUGGCCCGGGGAUAAGUUAACCGGGAUCACAGGAAGAGAGCAAGUUGCAGCAGCUAUGGGAAUAUUUGGACCGCGAACUACAUACGUUCUUGCUCUUAAAGAUGUUCCCGGGACCCAUGAAUUCCUCCUCCUUGACGAAGGAAAAUGGCAACAUGUUAAGGAUACAACAGAAAUCGGAGAAGGAAAGAUGUUCUCCCCUGGAAAUUUAAGAGCCACAUUUGACAAUCCUGAUUACGCCAAGCUGAUCGAAUACUAUGUGAAGGAGAAAUACACCUUGAGAUACACCGGAGGAAUGGUGCCUGAUGUAAACCAGAUAAUUGUAAAGGAGAAAGGUAUAUUCACAAACGUGACAUCUCCAACAGCUAAGGCGAAACUUAGAUUGCUGUUUGAAGUGGCACCGUUAGGAUUCUUGAUCGAAAAAGCUGGAGGUUACAGCAGCGAUGGGAAACAAUCCGUCCUUGAUAAGGUGAUCGUUAAUCUUGAUGACCGGACUCAAGUUGCUUAUGGUUCCAAGAAUGAGAUCAUUCGAUUUGAAGAAACACUCUACGGUUCAUCAAGGCUUAAGGCUGGUGCACCAGUUGGUGCUGCUGUUUGAGGCUUGAGAAUGCAGCAGCCCUCUCGUAAAUCGUAAUGUUUGUUUGUGUUUCUUUUCGCGCUUUCUUUCUAGAGCAUCGCGAAAAUGCUGUUCCAUCAGGUUGUAAAAGGGAGAUAGGUUAAAGACAACAAGGUCUUGUUAAAGAAAUGGGAAUUGGAACAUUUUUUUUUGUAUAUUGUUGUUUCUAUUAACUGGUGUUCAAUAUGCUGGAUUUCAGAUAUAAAAGGUUAAAAAAAAGACAAAUAAUUUGUAGUAUUAUGUAAGAUAAAUUUAUGUAUUACAACUUGUCUGAUUAUUGCUUCA